AGCGGGCGCCUGACACGCGUCCCGGGCGCACGUGUGAACGAUGAGCGACUUCCGGCUCUCACUGCUGCGGCGCGACGCCCUGAGCGCGGCCAAGGAGGUGCUGUACCACCUGGACAUCUUCUUCAGCAGCCAGCUGCAGAGCGUGCCCCUCCCCAUCGUGGACAAGGGGCCCGUCGAGCUCCUCGAGGAAUUCGUCUUCCAGGCGCCCCCCAGCAAGGACCGCCCCGGCAGCGCCCCCGCCGCCUCCCCCGCCAAGAGACUGAACUCACUUCAGGAGCUCCAGCUGCUGGAGAUCAUGUGCAAUUAUUUCCAGGAGCAAAGCAAGGACUCUGUCCGGCAGAUCAUCUUCUCCUCCCUCUUCAGCCCGCAAGGGAACAAGGCGGAUGACUGCAGGAUGGCCCUGCUGGGCAAGCUCGUCUCCAUGGCGGUGGCCGUGUGCCGAGUGCCGGUCUUGGAGUGCGCGGCUUCCUGGCUGCAGCGAACCCCGACGGUCUACUGCGUGAGGCUGGCCCAGGCCUUGGUGGACGACUACUGCAGUUUGGUGCCCGGCUCCGUUCAGACCCUGAAGCAGAUCUUCAGCGCCAGCCCUCGCUUCUGCUGCCAGUUCAUCACGUCAGUCACUGUGCUCUACGACAUGUCCUCAGACGAGCUCAUCCCCCCCGCAGACUUGCUGGAGAUGGUCGUUUCGUGGAUCUUCGAAGACCCGCGCCUGAUCUUGAUCACCUUCUUGAACACGCCCAUCGCGACCAGCCUGCCCAUCGGCUUCCUGGAGCUCACCCCUCUCAGCGGCCUGAUCCGCUGGUGCGUGAAAGCCCCCCUGGCCUACAAGCGCAGGAAGCCCCCCCUGGCGAACGGCCACCCGGAGGGCAAGCAGGCCAAGGGCUCAGCCCCCGAGAGCGACUGCCAGCCCCUCUGCUCCAAGCUGCACCUCAGCGUCCUGCAGGUCCUCAUGUUGCUGCAGGGCCACCUCACCGAGAAGAACCUCUACGGCCGCCUGGGGCUGGUGCCCUUUGACCACGUGGUGGCCCUCGUGGACGACAUCAGCCGGCUCUCGGACGAACUCAACCCCCUAUACGCCUCCCAGGAGGUGGAGCUGGCCCUCGACCGGCUGGCCCAAGCCCUGCAGGUGGUCAUGGCGGCUGGGGCGCUGCUCUGCACGAGAGAGGACCUCAGGACGGUCUGCUCCAGACUGCCGCACAACAACCUGCUCCAGCUGGUGGUGUCGGGCCCGGUCCAACAGCCGUCCCACGCUGCUCUGCCGCCAGGGUUUUACCCCCCCAUCCACACGCCUCCGCUGGGAUAUCCGGCUCACACGGCCAUCCCAGCUCUCCCUGCUCACCCCGUGCAGACUUUCAUACCAGGCAUGGCCUUUCCCUACCGGCCCAUCCACUGAAAGGACUUCCCCAGAGCUUGGACUGGCGAAGCUGUUUUCUUCCUGCAGAGAAACAGACAUCCUUGGGAAACAUUUUGUCUCCACAUGCAGCGCUACUUCAUGAUGUCUGCAGAGAGCUCUUUUCUACCAAGAGUGAACCAGUGGCGCCACUGCCAGAUAUUAAAAUGGAACAGUCUUUUUUAAAAUAAACCCGAUUGUAUAGAUACAA